ACCCAAAAAAGAAAGGGACAAAAUACCCACAAAAAAAUGAAGAAAAAAAUGGCUUACCCAAGUUUCUCCACCUAAUAAAAACAAGCAAUCAAUCAAAAUGUUUGCUUCUCUUCCUUUUUAUCUUCUCCUCCCACACCUCCUCUAAGUUUAUCUCAUCUCAUCUGUUUCUUUCUGUGACUUUAUUAUAAGCCACCCAAGAAAGUGAGGAGGCUUUUGUGUGUUUCACUGUACGAGGGUCGACGAUCUGAGCGUGAUUCAUCGUGUUUUUUGGGCUGCGAUCGUCCUUGUUUUGUAGCUAUCGAGGAUCGAUCUAAGAUUCAAAGGGUUAUCGCCUUAUCGGAGAAUCCACUUGGAUGUGAUUUGCAUGGGUGAUGAUGCCAGAGUUGCGAAGUGGAGUACGGAGAUCAAAGCGUGUUGGUGAUCUCCAUCCUGCCCAACAACCAGCUGAUCAAGCAGAGAAUUUUCUUCAGCCCGCCCAAAAUCGUACUAGGAGAAGAGUGGGUGGGGGAAGAGGAAGGGGUGCCAAUGCCCCAGGUGUAGCGGAAGGGGUUUCACCAGCAGUACCUACAAGGCCAGCUGCUGCCGGUAGGGGUCGGGGCAUUAGGUUAAUAGAUUUGGAUCCGGAACCUCGCAGGGUUCUUCCUGAAGCUGCUGCUUUAGGAGCUGCUGAGCCGGCAUUUAAUCGUGUAGAGGUCGUGGCAGAUAAAGAUAUUGCAAUGGAGGGCAGGAGUGCAGAUAAGGUAGUAGGAGUCGAGGAAGAAGCAAGCACAACUCCAGUUCCGGAGAGGGUACAAGUUGGCAACUCUCCUGUAUAUAAGGUCGAACGGAAGUUGGGCAAGGGUGGAUUUGGCCAAGUUUAUGUUGGCAGAAGGGUAAGUGGUGGCAGCGACAAAAGUGGCGCUGACGCAAUUGAGGUGGCUUUAAAGUUUGAGCACCGAAAUAGUAAAGGUUGCAAUUAUGGACCUCCUUACGAGUGGCAAGUUUACAAUACUUUGAAUGGAACCUAUGGACUUCCGUGGGUACAUUACAAGGGUCGCCAAGGAGAUUUCUACAUUCUGGUAAUGGACGUGCUGGGGCCAAGUCUUUGGGAUGUAUGGAAUUCUCUUGGCCAAUCGAUGUCUCCAAAUAUGGCGGCCUGUAUUGCAGUGGAGGCGAUUUCGAUUCUGGAAAAGCUUCACCUGAAGGGGUUUGUGCAUGGAGACGUGAAGCCAGAAAACUUUUUACUUGGCCAACCAGGAUCAGCUGAUGAGAAAAAGCUAUUUCUCAUUGAUCUCGGUUUGGCAUCUAGAUGGAAAGAUACAUCAUCUGGUCAACAUGUUGAUUACGAUCAGAGGCCUGAUAUAUUUAGGGGAACGAUAAGGUAUGCAAGUGUGCAUGCACAUUUAGGCCGUACAGGAAGUCGAAGGGAUGAUCUUGAGUCAUUGGCAUACACAUUAAUAUUUCUCAUUAAAGGAAGGCUGCCAUGGCAGGGGUAUCAGGGAGAUAACAAGAGUUUUCUUGUUUGUAAGAAAAAGAUGGCCACUUCUGCAGAGUUGAUGUGUUGCUUCUGCCCUGCCCCUUUUAAACAGUUCCUUGAGGCCGUUACAAAUAUGAAGUUUGAUGAGGAGCCUAAUUAUCCCAAGCUUAUAUCCUUUUUUGAAAGCCUGAUUGAACCUUGUGCACCGCUACGGUCAAUUAGAAUUGAUGGAGCUCUUAAGGUUGGGCAGAAGCGGGGAAGAUUGCUUAUAAAUUUGGAAGAGGAUGAACAGCCGAAGAAGAAAGUACGAUUGGGUAGUCCUGCGACUCAGUGGAUUUCAGUUUACAACGCUCGAUGCCCCAUGAAGCAGAGGUAUCACUACAAUGUAGCAGACACAAGGCUGCGUCAGCAUGUUGACAAGGGUAAUGAAGAUGAUUUAUACAUCAGUUGUGUGGCCUCUGCGGGGAAUCUUUGGGCUCUAAUUAUGGAUGCAGGGACUGGUUUUUCUUCCCAGGUCUAUGAAUUGUCCGCAUUGUUUCUGCACAAGGAUUGGAUUAUGGAACAGUGGGAAAAAAAUUUCUAUAUCAGUUCAAUAGCUGGAGCAACAAAUGGGAGUUCUUUGGUUGUCAUGUCCAAAGGGACUCCUUACACCCAGCAAUCAUACAAAGUGAGUGAAUCUUUUCCUUUCAAGUGGAUAAAUAAGAAAUGGAAAGAGGGUUUUCAUGUCACAUCAAUGACAACUGCUGGCAGUCGCUGGGGUGUAGUAAUGUCCAGGAAUGCUGGAUUUUCUGAUCAGGUUGUGGAACUUGAUUUUCUAUACCCAAGUGAAGGAAUUCAUCGACGAUGGGAGAGUGGUUACAGGAUAACAGCUAUGGCUGCCACUUCUGACCAAGCAGCCUUCAUACUGAGUAUUCCAAAACGGAAAAUGGUUGAUGAAACUCAAGAAACACUGCGUACAACUGCAUUUCCAAGCACCCAUGUAAAGGAGAAAUGGUCCAAAAAUCUCUACAUCGCGUCGAUCUGUCAUGGGCGGACUGUGUGUUAAAUUGUCAGCUACAACGUGCGCCGUCUUCCAUAAACGAAAAAAGAAGGUAAAAAAAAAAGCCAAAGCAAAGAAAUUGGAAAGAAAGUGAGUAAAGAAUUGAUGGUUCAAAUUUUGAAACCCAAGAAGGAAUUUUUCUUCACUGUUGGAAUGGAAGAUUGCCUUUUCUCCUGCAAUCUACAGAAACGCAGGCUUUUCAUAUAUACAGUUUUCAUAUAUGAAUAUGAAUAUGUAAACCAAAAAAAAAGAAAACACUGGCAGAGGAAGAAGAGAGCAAUACAUUCUGUGAAUUUGAGCUAAGCGGGGCAUCCUGCAUCCGUUUGUUUCAAAUUUCAAUAUACGUAUUGGGGAUAGUAAUCUUGGCACUUGCAGCCAAGUUGUGCUUCAUUACCUCAAUAAGUUGUUACA